AUGGACGGCACCGGCUCCAAAGCCGCGUCCAUCGCACUCUUAGCGGCUGGCGGCCUGGUCUUUGACCGUGGCCCAUUUUUGGGCCGCUCGCGUCUUUUUUUUGUUUGUUGGCCGCUCGGAACGCCCCCGUCAUCGUCGUCGUGCCAGGCUCUCGGCUGCGUGUCAACGGAACGUCGAGCGGCCCGCGGUCCUGUUGAGGCCAAACAUGGUGGAAAAAAGGGAGGAGUGCUGGGCUUUAGAGGACAAGGAAGAGGGCGAACAGGAAUGGUCCUAUCCUUAUACAGAAGUCAUGCGGGUAAGAUGAAGUCAUGUAGGGGGUUUAAUUGCAGGAAGGUAGUUCCUCGUUUUCCUGGUUAACCGCAGGUGGAACGGAUGGCCGUUACGCUAGGCAAGCGGUAAAAAAAAGCGACGCAUGUAAACUCCUUGUAAAUUGUAUCACAUGUAUAUAUAGGUCAUCGCGGCUACGGGACUCUUAUCAUACUUCCGACCUCAACUUUUAUUUUAUGCCACGUUAUUUUGUAGUUCAGCAACUGUUACGUACUUUACUCUAUAAAUUCCUGGUCACCCCCUUUACGUGCCAUCUUUAACUUUAGUAAAUUCCACAUCCCCCUCCUUCCUGACCUCCCUGAAUUCCUCCUAAUUUCUCUCCAUGUUGCUCAACUUUUCCCUCUCCCCCUUUUUUUCUCGAACUUCCCAAAAAGGGGGGCAAAAAAAGUGUUCCGGGCGGUCAUUUGAAGCCGCUCGCCGAUUUCAUUUUUUUUCUCUCCGUCCUCCGAGCAAAGGGCAGAUUACGUCGCGGCGGGGUAAACAAAACGAGAACGAUGCCGGAACGCUCCGAAAAAGGAAGGGAUUUCGGAGAUUGUGCAAUGGAUUUACGGCGGGGAGAAGGGAAGGUGAGAGAGUGAGAAAAAAAUUUUGAGGGAUUUUGGAAUUUUUCCAUUGUGAAAUCUUGAUGUAAGGUAGGUUAUCCACUCGACGAAACUCGGGGCAAUUCAAAAGAUCUUGCUGUAACGGAGGGUUGCCAUUUAUCGCGGGGCUUUUACCUUACAAAUUAUCAUCGGCUUUUGUUUAGCGGCCUGAUUUACAAAAUUUGCUGACCUUUCAUUUAAUUUUUUUAAUUUUACUUACCCACAGUUCGAUGCUAUUAUAUUCGUCUAAAUUCCACGACGGAAUUUGUUGUUUAUUAGCAGGUUCCCGAGGAGAUUUGGCUUAAUCUGGCAUCCCUUCGACUAAUUCCUUAUUUAUCGUCCGUCUUUGAUUCUUGUUUUGGUUUCAGCUAUUUAUGGCCAUUGUCUCGUGCGGAUUUGUGGAUGCUGAUGAAACCUGGAUUAGCUGUAGUUUGGGACGCUGUUGAUGUAAGCUUAAAAUUACCCAAAUUUUUGUCAUUGUGCAAUAUUUCGAGUGGGGUUAUGAAACAUGUUUUGGCUCGAAGAAUUUGUUCUUUGCCCCUUAUGAUUUAUUGUUAGUCAGUCUUCAAAACAUAGCAUUUGAGAGGCCGUAAUGGCCGGCUCAAAUUUCUGAUCCGGCAACAUCGUACAACAUAUUGUUUACCUCUCUUACUCGUAAUCAAACGAGCCCCUCCGGGCAUCGUCCGCACAGAUAACGAACAGAGAAUGUGGUCGCAAAAAAAGAGGUCGAACGGGGAAGAGACGACUGACCGAGAGCUCUUCCAUCGCCCGUCCUGAUCCCCGUCGCUCCAUGGGUCUUCCCCCCUUCUCUCUCUGUGAUUUCUCGCGUUUUCGGGGGCGCUGUGAGUGUGGCGUUGAUGAUGAUUGCGCCCCGCUUCGAGCUGUUUUGUAGAGUGCAACAUUGAGCAGCGCUGUGGGCAGCGAAGAUCGGGGGAGGCCGAUAAGCGGGACAGAAGGGGGAACGGCGACCGAGUCGGGCUUGGAGUCGGAUGUACGCUAGAUUUAGAGGCUAGGACCGAUAACGGCGAAGGUAGAAUAAAGCGAGAUUGGGUAGCUGAUACUUUGGGAAGACUAGGAACGACAGCCGGGUUGGGGAGCUUUGAGAGAUCGUUUUCUGACAGACUUUGGUCGAAAAUUUAACGUCAACCUCAGAUGGGGAACAGUGUUUCCUGUUGCCCUUGCACCCGGGAUGAACUUCUCAUUUUUUUGGUCGGGUUUCUGACCCGAUUUAGAUUCUGUAUGCUCUCAGCCUGCGCCACGAACAGGUCCACCUGUUCUCUCAAAUAUGUCAUCUCCCACCCCAUCACUUCUCGCAUGGCUUGCGGGGUGGGAUGAUGAGAGCGGAGGCAUUGGCGAGGAACUGCUCCCCGCUUCCCCCCACCACCUUUUCUCGCUGUCCUGGAUCAGCGGGGCAGCUGAGACAACCGAAGGGAGCUGCGUCGAAACACCGACGUUGA